AUGGAAGGCACCGCUCAUUUACUAGAUUUAAUUGACAGAAAAUUGAUGAUUCUCUUGAGAGAUGGACGAACACUCAUCGGGUUUUUAAGAUCCUGUGAUCAAUUUGCAAAUCUUGUCCUUCAUAAAGCCAUAGAAAGAAUUCACGUAGGUGACAAAUAUGGGGAUAUGGAGAGAGGGAUCUUUAUAAUUCGUGGUGAAAAUGUUGUACUCCUUGGAGAAAUUGAUCGUGAAAAAGAAGAACAGUUAAAUAGUAAACUUACACAAGUAUCUGUUGAGGAAAUUCUUGACGCACAAAGACGUGAGAUUGAAACGAAGCAAGAGAAGUCGUCUUUGUUACGUUCCCGUUUAAAACAACGAGGUCUGGGAGGCUACAACAAUCCACUAUUAGAAGAAAACGAGUGAAUUAAUCAACAAAAGAAAAAUCAUACAAAAUACUUUACAAAGUUCUUUAGUUCUUUUAUUAUUCUAAACAGAUAAUUUGAUAAGAUUCUUAAGCUUUUUGUUUCCUUAAAAUUUGAUUAAUGAUUCGAUUAAUUAGUUAAGUAAUUUCUGAAGAAAUAAAGUAAAAACGAUUUUCGAUUGAUGUGGUUCCAGUCCAC